AUGCAAUCGGCCCUACAUAAUUUGGAACGAAUAUCUAGGGAAUUCUCAAUAGAGUAUAAGAAAGAGAAAGAGAAAGAGAACAAAAAGCUUCUCCAGCGCUUUCCUUUCUGCGAAUGUAACUCUAUAUAUUUGAAAGAUACUAAAAAGACUGUUCGAGAAGGAUUGUUGAGGUCAAUCCAGAAUUAUAUACAAAUGACCUCCACCAGUAAUCUCGAGUGUCUGGAAGAUGAGGAUCAGAAGUCUGAGGAUCUCACAGAUAGCGAUUUUGAAGACACAAUUGAGAACGGUAAAACUCACCCUAUUCGCAUGAAUAGUGAUUUAGUGGACAUACUAUCACCUUCAAGCUUAUUUGAAAAUCAGACUCAGGUCAAGAUAUUGAAGAACGAUUUAGAGUCUUGCUCUAUUCCGCAGAGAAUUGCUAUUGAGAAAAUAAAAGAGCUUACUGCAGAAAAGUUUGAUGUUAUAAUGGAGGACGAUGAUCUUUCUAACAUGAGUAACUUCAUAGUAAAUAUUAUCCUUCUGGAUUUCCAUGACUUGGGAAUCAAUGAUGUUUGCAAUAAAAUUAUUGAUAAGAAAAACAAAGAUAGCUUGGUCGAGAAAAUAGAAGAAUGCUUUCUUGAAAAAUUUGUUAUUUGCAAGAUGGAUUCCCUAUUCGAUCAGUACACCGAAAUGAUCUCUAACUUUGAUAAGAUUUCGUCUUCUGAAAAAUUGAGUUUCUUUCUGUCCUUUAAGAAAAUUUGGCAGUUCGAACCUAGUGAAUAUGACUGUUACUCUUAUGAAGACUAUGAACGAGCAUAUCGAGUAUUUCCACUAGGAGAGAGCAACGAAACCUUGCGAUUAAGAAACUAUGUUUGCAACGCCUUUCUUAUGAAUAUUGAAAAACUGCUCACCUACUAUGGCAAAGAAUGGAACGAAGGUUAUUUCAUAGAUUCAGAAUUCGAGCUUAAACCUACGAAUUUCUCAUUUUGUUCUAAUGGUACAGAGAAUUCUUUCGAUAGUGUAACUCAAAGAUUUCUGAAAUCAUGUCUGGUUAUAACGCUGGCGUCUUCGUCAUCCAGCCAAUAUGGCAGUAUUGAGAAAUCUGUUCACUUUAAUGAUGAGGCUGAAACAGUCAAUUUUGAUGAUCAGGAACCAUCUAUUUAUGUUUUCUGUGAUUUGAACAAUAUAGAAAUGAGUGAAAAGUAA